UUAAUUACAAAAAAACGUUCAGUAUUAUACUGAUGGCAGUUUGCAAGUACAUGUUCACUUUUGUUGAUGUUGGUACUUUCGGUUCACAAAACGAUGAAAGUGUGUUCAAAGAAUCAGUUUUCGGAAUUUUUAGCUCUCGACAACAAUGAACUGGGAAUACCAGAAGAUGCCUGCUUACCUGGAACUAACACAAAGUUUCCACAUUAUUUGAUUGCAGAUGAAGCAUUUCCUUUGAAGAAAUACAUUAUGCGACCAUAUCCUGGAUGUAACCUGACCAAUAGACAAAAAAUAUUCAAUUACCGUCUGUCUCAAGCACGUCGUACCAUUGAAAAUUCUUGUGGAAUUCUUGCCAGUCGUUGGCGAAUUUUCCGAACAACAAUCAUCGCAGAUGCUGAUACAGCUGAGUGGAUUGUGUGUGCUGCGUUGUGUCUGCAUAACUACCUCCGGACAUUAGAAUUAGCUGACAAUUCGGAAAAUGCAACUUACUGUCCUACUAAUUAUGCCGAUAUAUUAAGGCCUCUCUACACGGCCAAUAAUACUGAUUUGACGUGAUUUGACGUAUAUUAUUAUCUAUGGCGACAAGGAUCUUAAGGAAAAAGCAUGUAUUUAAGUCCAAAUCAUCGUCAGAAUUCUAUGUAAAUCCAUUAAUAUUAACCACACACAAUCAAUAAUAUUGUCAGUAUUCGUUGAUACUGAUAGUAUUACUGACCGUGUACAGAGGCCUUUAGACAACGAUGGAAAUGUAGUGCCUGGAAAUUUGAGACAAGAUGAUGUGAAUGUCACUCUACAUGAUAUAGGAAGAAUGGGAACUAAUAAUGCAACUCGUCAAAAUAAAACCUUACGUAACACUCUUGCCAAUUACUUAUAUUCACCGGAAGGCGCAGUUUCGUGGCAAGAACUUUAUAUUACGAAAGAAAGAUUAACAAGACAAGAGUCCUGAGUGUUCUACGACGCUGAGCAUGAUGAUUCCUGACGAGCAGUAAUUCAUUUCGUUGGCUUUACCUAAUACAUUACAUUAUAUAUUUAUUAAUAUAAACUAUAACUU